AUGAACACUGAAGGGACUCCUUUUGAAGACUUCAUCAAAUCACGACAACUUUUAGACGCAAAAUAUCCUAUUGAACAUACUGCUGACGUUCUCAGAGUUCUCUUGCUUUGGAAGUUUGGUGGGACUUACACAGAUACAGACACCAUUACAAGAUUACCUUUUGAUACUUUGGAACCUAAUUUUGCUUGUCAAGAAAAUGAAAAAUAUGUUGUAAAUGGAGUUUGGAACAUGGAAAGUGCUGACAGAAGUCCUCUCGCUACACUUUUUGCAGAACAUUUAACAAAGAACUACGAUGCAACAACAUGGGCUAAAAACGGUCCAGGGUUGGUAACAGCGGUAGUUUCAAAACUCUGUGGAACUGAAAGUGUUACGCAAAUGAUUGCUAAGAAAGAAUGCGAGGGCUUUCACGUGUUACCUCGAAAAGUAUGCUAUCCAAUACUGUAUGAUGAAAAAAGUAAACUAUUCAACAGUUCUAAUGCUGAUGAAAUAAUGACAAGAGUAAAUGAAUCUGUCAGUGUUCACUUCUGGAAUAAACAUACGAAAAAUGUUAAAAUUGAACGAACUGAAGAAUCUGCUUGCAUUCGACUUGCCAAACAAUUUUGUCCAAAAACAAUUGUAUUCCUUACUUUCACUUAUAUUGGAGGAGACCUUUUUGCUUAUAUUUCUUAUUCAUAA